AUCCGAAUCCGUAUUCGUGUCAAAAUGCUUCGAGUAUCCGUGCUAACUAUCCUGCUGGCAGCAGUUGCUGCUGUUUUGGUGGAUGAUGCUACCCUUGAUAGCAUGCUCCAGAACCCGAGUGAGAUGGGAAAGGUUUUCGUUGAGUUCGAGGAAAAAAACCAUCGAGGAAGUUCCCAGGAAGAGAGAUCCAUGAGAUUCAGGGCUUUUAGGAAGCAUGCUCAGGAAAUCUCCGUCCACAACCACGGAGACUCCACCUGGAAAGAAGGCAUGAACCACUUUGCUGACAUGACAGAUGAUGAACGUCACUCCUUCCUUGGUCUGAACGUGACCAACGUUCAGAGAAUGGAGAAAAGACAAGAAAGAGAAGAUGAAGGAUCAGACGAUGGAGCUGCAGACGAUGAACCUCUUGCCAGGUCCUGGAUAAGAGUUGGAGCGGUCACUGAGAUCAAGAACCAGGGAAGCUGUGGGUCCUGCUGGGCGUUUGGAGCCAUGGGAGCCCUAGAGGGUGCCUACAAGCUCAAGACUGGUGUUCUGCGAAACUUCGCAGAGGAGCAGAUGCUGGACUGUACCUAUCCGGAAAGAGACGGUUGUGGUGGCGGGUGGAUGAGGGAUGGUGUGGAUUCAGUUCGAGUGGCUGGAAAGCUAGCUAGCACUGCUGAUUAUCCUUACCAAGGUGCUGAUGGUAGUUGCAGUUUAGAAGAAUAUCCCAACUCUAUGGUUGGUGCUAACGUGGAGGCCUACGUUGAGAUAGAGGAGGGUGAAGUUCACACAAUCCGUGCUCUGUCUCUGAGACCCCUAGCAGUGACGAUCAAUGUCCGUGACUCCUUCUUCGCCUACACUUCCGGGAUUUACCGGGACAAUACCAGAACUAGUUUUCCGAACCACGCUCUGACCGCGGUAGCCUACACUGAACAAUACAUCCUGAUUAAGAACUCCUGGGGAUCAGAGUGGGGAGAUGACGGUUUCAUUAAGGUUGCGAGAAACUACGAUGGGUGUUCUUUCCACAGGUUUGUAGGAUACGCGGUGCUCUCCUAUAGGAGAGGUAGCGAAGACAAUAACGAAUCAGACAGGGCGACUGACUAUAACGCUGGGGACGACGAGGGACCUGAUCCUGGUCCUGAUCCUGAACCUUGUGUGGAGACUUUCACAGGUUGCAAAGAGAAGUUCUGCAAAUACUCGCUGAUAAAGGAGGCUUGUCCGAGAACAUGCGGAGACUGCAAUGACGAUGCCGAUGGAGACUGUCCUUCAGGAACCAUCCGUUGCGAUGAUGGGGUCUGCCGUCACGAGCACAUGUGUCAUUAAUACGUGACCUGCGGUGAUUAACACGUGGCCUGGUGAUCGAGUGAUUCAACAUUCUCACCCAUUGAGUUUAUUUUUUUGAUUUGUUAGAAUUUGUGCAAA